CGCGUAAAUACAAAAUUUUUUUCUUUCCCUUUUUUCUUUACUCUUUCAAUCCAUAAUCCUACAUCAUGGUCAACUACAAGGUCGCCGACAUCUCUCUUGCCGCUUUCGGUCGUAAGGAAAUCGAACUUGCCGAAAAUGAAAUGCCCGGUCUUAUGGCCAUCCGUGAAAAGUACGGUCCUUCUCAGCCUUUGAAGGGUGCUCGCAUCGCCGGUUGCUUGCACAUGACCAUUCAAACUGCUGUGUUGAUUGAAACUUUGACAGCUCUCGGUGCUGAAGUCACCUGGUCCUCGUGUAACAUUUUCUCUACUCAGGACCACGCUGCUGCUGCUAUUGCUGCCACUGGUGUUCCCGUGUACGCCUGGAAGGGUGAGACUGAUGAGGAAUUCGUCUGGUGUAUUGAACAGACCUUGUUCUUCCCCGAUGGUCAGCCUUUGAACAUGAUCUUGGAUGACGGUGGUGAUUUGACCAACAUCGUUCACGAAAAGUACCCCCAGCUUCUCGAAGGUAUCAAGGGUCUUUCCGAGGAAACCACCACUGGUGUUCACAACUUGUACAAGAUGAUGAAGAACGGUACCCUCAAGUUGCCCUCCAUCAACGUCAACGACUCCGUCACCAAGUCCAAGUUUGACAACUUGUACGGUUGCCGUGAAUCCCUCGUCGACGGUAUCAAGCGUGCCACCGAUGUCAUGAUUGCUGGCAAGGUUUCCGUUGUCGCUGGUUACGGUGAUGUCGGUAAGGGUUGCGCUGCUGCUCUCCGUGCUUUCGGUUCGCGUGUCUUGGUCACCGAAAUCGAUCCCAUCAACGCUCUCCAGGCCGCUAUGGAAGGUUACGAAGUCACCACCAUGGAAGAAGCUGUUGAGGAAGCUCAGAUCUUCGUCACCACCACUGGUUGCCGUGACAUUAUCACUGGUGCUCACUUUGAAAAGAUGAAGGAUGAUGCUAUUGUGUGCAACAUUGGUCACUUCGAUAUUGAAAUUGACGUUGCCUGGCUCAAGGCUAACGCUGCUUCCGUUGUCAACAUCAAGCCCCAGGUUGAUCGUUUCACCAUGAAGAACGGUAACCACAUCAUCUUGUUGGCUGAAGGUCGUCUUGUCAACUUGGGUUGUGCUACUGGCCAUCCUUCGUUCGUCAUGUCCAACUCUUUCUCCAACCAAGUCUUGGCCCAGAUCGCCUUGUGGACUCAGCCUGGUGAAUGGUCCGUUGGUGUCCAUGUGUUGCCCAAGAAGUUGGAUGAAGAAGUCGCUCGUGCUCACUUGGGCAAGCUCGGUGUCAAGCUUUCUGCUCUCUCUGCUGUCCAGUCCGACUACUUGUCCAUCCCCGUUGAGGGUCCCUACAAGCCCGAUCACUACCGCUACUAAGCGCCAGAUCACUGGGCUUAUCUCUCUUGUAAUAUAGUGAUAGUCUCUCUCUCAAUUCUUUUUGCAUCGCCCCCUUUUUUUUCAUUUAUGCUCACUUAUUUUAUUGACUCUUUUUGACUAAAUCUCAACAACACCGGACUUUUGUCAAGAAAGCAACAACUAUUUGUAAUAUAGAACGUCUCAACAUGUUCGAGGAGGCAGUGCACAUUCCAAAGUUUUUCUACUCAAUAAGAAUUCAAAGCAAAUAAAAGCCCAACCAGCAUUCAACAUGUAA